CUGUGCGGAAUUUCCUUUAUUCUUCACAUAGGAAACUGGAUAUCAUGGCCGAGAUGUGUCUUUGGUGUUCUGUAACCUUUCCCAUUGACAUUGUAAGGUUACGACUGUCUUCAACUUUAACGUGUCUGUUGUAAGCGGUGUAGGGCCUUUUUAUCUGGUCCAGUCCAAUCUUUUGUCAGGUUGGAUUCAUCUGAACACUACCUCAUUGUCAGCCAUAAGAGUCGGCCUUCUGAAACAAUGUCCAGAUCAGGCGAUAUACCAGCCCUGGAGUCUGGGACCUCAGAGGGGCAACUGGGAGGCCUGUCCCUACCUAUUGGCAUGACCCGCCGUGCCAUGAGCUACGAUGACAACAUGGAGGCGCCCAUGUCGCCGCCUCCCUCUGAUAUCAACAUCAACAACCUGUGGGCGAAGAGGCCCGUCGUCCCACCCAGGAGAUUCCGUCAUCAGGCUGAGGAGGAUGAGUCAGGAAGUACCCUGACCCACGCUGCGCCUUUUGACCCUGGCCACAGGCCAAAUAUGCCUGUCGUGGUGAAGGCCAAAGCAUCCUCCGUCAUCAUCAACUCUCUCAUGACCAAGCAAACCCAGGACAGCAUGUACAGGUUUGAGCAGCAGGCUGGGCUGAGAGACACCGGGUACACUCCCCAUAAGGGCCUCACUGCUGAGGAGACCCGCCACCACCACCGUAUGCCAGAGUCAUUCCAAAAAAUGAACAUUCAAACUGUGGAUAUGGGAGUGGGACAUAAGGGAGGACAUGAGGACAAGCAAACAUCAUCUGCUCAGUCCACCCCGAAUAGCACUCCUCAGAGCUCACCUAAACAGAACCGCAGAGGCUGGUUGUCCAGCCAGAGCUCGACAGCAUCUGUCAGUAGCUCAGACCUCAGCACCAGCUCUAACACCAGUGUGGACAUGGGUGCCGGUGAGGGGGGAGGAGCAGUCGAACGCUGGGGUAUCUUUGGACCACGUCCAGUUGUUCAGAAAUCCACUACCGACCCAGGGGGUUUUGCUCUCCAGUCGUACCGCGGGGCCCAGAAGCCCACCCCCAUGGAGGUGAUGAAGGCUCAGGCCACUCGGCUGGCACUUGACCCUGCUGUUAACCAACAGGCCCCUCCCAAGAUGGAGAUCCCCUCCACGGAGAGCAGUAGACUGUCGGCACGGCCACACAAGCUCAAACCUCGAGACAUAAAUAUCCUCACGCCUUCAGGUUUCUGAGACGUACCAUGUUGUCACUACUCCUUCAUUUUGUAGCUGGUCUACCGUCUAGUCCAAGGCUCUCCAGCUCUGCUCCUGGAGAGCUACCGUCCUGUAGGUUUUCACUCCAACCUGAUUCAGCUUAACAACCAGCUAAUUCUUGGAAUCAGGACAGUGGUGCUCCAGGAACAGGGUUGGAGAGCCCUCUGGUCUAGACUAUUCUCUCCCCACUUCUAUUAUUUAACACCCUUGUUUUGCCUCAGCCUUUUGCCUUGUAAUAGAACCGUGUAUAUUUACUUUGUAUGUAUGGUCCGACUGUGAAGACGUUCUGAUGCGUGGUGUUGCAAAGUGUAACUCUCACUGUUUUGACAAAGACUGUAAAAGUCCCACUGUGUUCAUGGUUUGGUCAUUCAGUUGGCUUGUGAGUCUCAUUCAGAAGUACACUAUCACGAGCUUUUCAUUGUCUGCAGAUUUCUGUAAGAUGUAAUGAUUUACAUUUGUCAUGUCUUCAAGAACAUUAUGGUGAUUAUUGUUCACCCUCAAGGAAGUGUUUUUUUUUUCUCUUUUUUUUUUCCUUCUUCCUCCGUGUUUCCGCAUUCCUGCUGUCAAGUCGACUGUUUUGAAGUUGAAACACUGUCAGUGAAACCCUGCAACAGAAUGUUAAUAACGUUGCAUAUUAAUCAGAGAACUGUUACUAUUUGACUGACCCUGUUCAGGUAUUUUCACUUUUUUUUAUAUAUAUAGAAAAAGAUCCAUAUAUAUACCUCACCUGUGGUCUUUGUUGUAAAUAUCUGAUUAAAUAACAAUGCUAACAACAGUAAAGUAUGGUUCCACCUUCCAGAAUUUGACUGAACCAUCAACCUUCCAGAAACAGUGGAAAGAUAGUCGGCGCUGCAGAGGUCAAAGAACCUGCCGGGGAAGGAUGGAUUUUCAUUGGGAUUUAGAAAUGUAUCUUUUGGUAAAUUUCAUAACCUUUCAGGGCAAGAUUAGUUACUGAUUGACAGGAAUAGAAACCUGCAGCUGUUGCACUGGGAUGUGAAGUAAUGGUCAUGUCUUCAGCAGAUACUAACUAUCGCCAGUAGGUGGAAUCCCACUCUUCGUGACACCAUCUGCACUGUGGCUGGACAACUCACAGGCUGCAUUGCUUGGAUUUAAUUUAACCCUGCACAGUAUUGCUAUGUCUUCCUAUAUCUGUGCCCCUGACUGAUAUACUGCCCUGUGAGAUUCCCUCGCGUUUACUAAUUGUUAAUGAAGCCGGUGAAUAUCAAUAGCUCAGUUGUUCAUGUAAAACAAAUAGGCACAAACAGCCAGUCAGCUGAUAUUCCCUCUAUGCUUUAACAUAAUGGGUUUCCUCAGCCCCCCAUGGCUUCAUUCAAAGCCACCCUUCUUAUUGCCACAGGCACAACCCAUGCCGUCCAGUAAUCAUUCCCCUGCCCCCACCAAAUCUCUCCCAGAGUGACUGCAUAGCAUGUCAUUUCCUACACCUACGCGGUGAGCCCUAUGGGAUGUCUGGUGUUGAUCUGGAGACAGCGGCCCACCCUCGCCUCGGCCUGCUGCCCAGCCAGUGACUGAGCAUUCUGCUCUCUGACUUACUGUUUGUUAUGGAGCAAAAACUCUGUGGGCCACACCAAUAUAUCUGGGGGAGAAGGCGAUCAUAGUAAAAUCUACACAAAGGAACUCUCGCCCUCAAUCUUGAUGCAACAAGUAACAUUUUUCUAUUGGCUGUCACUUGGAUUCUUGGCUUUUAUGACGAGGCGGCUCUUACCUUUAUCUUCAAGAAUCUCUUCUAGAUCACCCACACAAAGUUAAGCAAUAGUUGGAAUUGUCCGUUUUGAUGGGGACGUCAGAUCACCAUGAAAUCACCAUGGGAACGUUCAUGGGAAGGGUUUCCCUUUCAUAAGAAAAAGAUAUGUUCUUUAGCAGCUUUGAUCCAAAGUUACUUACAGUCAUGUUUCAUUCCUAUAUUUAUUGUCAUUGAUGAAAUUACUUUAUCAACUACAAUAUAAAUACACACAACUGAACACACUCAACAACACACUCACACAACACAUUCACCAAAACGCUCACACAACACUCAACAACACACUCACCAACACAACACACUCACCAACACAUUCACUCAACACACUCAACAACACACUCACACAACACAUUCACCAAAACGCUCACACAACACUCAACAACACAACACACUCACACAACACACCAACACAUUCACUCAACACACUCAACAACACGCUCACACAACACACUCAACAGAUUGACACAUCCAGAUGAACACAUGUACAGGAUCUACUCAGACACAGCAUCCGUUCGUCCAGCUGGCCGCACCAUCCCACACAGACGUAUCCACAAGAGGCAGAGGUGCUCUUCUGCAUGACUACGGAUGACGGGGUUGUCCACUGGACUAGGGUGGGGAGCUUUGUGUAAAAUCAGACAAUGACAAUGCUAUAUCCUCCUGGACCACAUUAAAAUGUUAUUGAACACACUGACGACUAUGCAUUACCACGAAACUCAUGAAACAUUUAAAACCAUUAGAAUAAUGUCUGCCGUAGGGAAUAUAGCCAUUAAAAACAAAUGGUCCAUCUUUGAAAGCUAUGUAUCAUUUUGUCUGAGUGAAUGAGUAAGAAACAAAAUAUACAUAUUGCAUUAUUGUUGUGCCUUGAUGUCUUAAAAUCUGACACUCCGAUCAUCCCGUCAUUUGUCUAAUAUCACAUAUAUUCUCUUGAGGAGUACUUUCCCUUGAUGAGAAUAAACUCUUUGGUUAGAAAAAGUAUCCUGUAUCGUGUGUGUGGUUUGGUUUUACUAUUCUUGUGGGGACCAGAAGUCCUCACAAGGAUAAUAAAACAAGGGAAAUGUCAUUAUGGGUUAGAUUUAGUUUCAGGGUUAGUGUUAGGGGCUAAGACUAAGGUUAGGGGUUAUGGAAAAUAGGAUUUUGAAUGGGAAUCCAUUUUUCAGUCCCCACAAGGAUAGUGAAACCAAUGUCUGUGUGUUUGUACUUGUUUUCCUUCCUCAGGACCCCAAUGUCCUCACAUUUCAACCGAAUGUAGUGAAAAUGUAGGAAAACAAUAGCUUUUUUGAAGUCAGGACUUUUUUCAGGUCCUGAAUUUGUUCAAAUGCUAUUUUAAGCUUAAGGUUUGGGGUUUUGGGGGUUCGGGUUAGGUAUUUAGGGAAAAUAGGAAUGUUAAUGGUCAAACAUGUUAACACUCCAGAUAGUCCAUAAAUAUGUCCAAUUUGAUGUUUUGGUGCCUAUAGGGCAAUUCAGACCUUAUUACUGAUAAAUGAGUUUGUUUCCUAUGAUCGUGUUUUGUAUUUCUGUUUUGCAUUGUGUAUUUGUAUUUGAUGUGUAUAUUUUUGUAAUUACGAGACUCAUCUGUAAAAGAGAGCUUGGUCUCAGCAUGCCUCCCUGUCCAAAUAAAGGUUAAAGUGCCAAUA